AUGGUAAAAAUUACUCUUGAAUUAAUACGGAAACGUUCGGAGCAUAAUGAGGGCGAAAUAUCGACGUUGGAAGAAAUAGCUUUGCACCAAGAGAAUAUCGAUAAAAUUCAAUUGAUAGAUAGACACUGCAGAAAUCUCAAGAUCCUCUUAUUGCAGAAUAAUCUCAUAUCGAAAAUAGAGAAUCUGAAUAUGUUGAAGAGACUGGAAUAUUUGAACCUGGCCCUCAAUAACAUCGAGAUUAUUGAGAAUCUGGAGGGUUUAGAGAGUUUAAAGAAGUUAGAUCUCACCCUCAAUUUUAUUGGAAAUUUACAAAGUGUAAAAAGUCUCAGAUGUAAUGAACAUUUGGAGCAUUUGAUUUUAAUGGGAAAUCCGUGCACGGAUUAUGAAUAUUAUAGACAAUAUGUUGUAGCGACUUUACCACAAUUGCAAGAGUUUGACAUGCAGGAGAUUGAAAGGUCGGAACGUAUCAAGGCAUUGCAGAUCUAUUCGCGAGCGCAAGAUGAUGUUAUUGAGAGCUAUUGGCAUUAUGAGAAAACUAGGAUAGCUCAACGCAUUCGUCGUAAUGCUGAACAUGAAACCAUAGAAACAAUCAAUCAAAUGUUAUGUCGUAGAUUCAUUUACGCAUGA